CGAGAAAAGAGAAAACAAUGCAGGUUUUGAAGCUCGGGUCAUGUGCAUACGACAUGCGGCAUUUAAGUUCCCAUUGACAAACAUUUCACGAUAGUUUUUGGAGCUUCUCACAAUUUGACAGCAAAGAUCUGCAAUACUACAAUGACGACUAUUGAAGCGCAUCCCGUCGUAGACGCCGACGAUAACCAUUCUGAUGCGGACUCGUCACUUGGUGCGGAUAACGCAUCCUCGACAGAUAGCUUGAGAAGUUCAAUUCUUGAUUUCCGUCAAGAAAAUGGAAGAACAUACCAUGCUUUUCGAGACGGCAAAUACAAUCUCCCGAAUGAUGACGAGGAGAACGAAAGAUUAGAUCUGCAACAUAAUCUGUUCCUGCUUACUCUUGGCAACAAGCUCGGUUUGAGCCCUCCCAACCUGCCUGACUCGAAGGUCAAGCGUGUCCUCGAUGUUGGCACUGGAACGGGUAUCUGGGCGAUUGACUUUGGCGAUGAACAUCCUGAUGCGGAAGUCAUUGGCGUUGACCUCUCGCCAAGCCAGCCAAGCUUUGUACCACCGAACGUUCGUUUCGAAAUUGAUGAUAUCGAUGAGGAAUGGACAUACAGCGAGCCGUUCGACUUCAUUCACAGCAGAUUUAUGAAUUUCAGCAUCCAGAACUGGAAGUCGUACUUCACCAAGAUCUACCAGAACUUGUCUCCAGGUGGCUACGUUGAACUGCAAGAUGUUGAUGUCAUCAUGGGCAGCGACGAUGGAACCCUCAAGGAAGACCAUACCAUGUACAAGUGGUGCAGACUUCUUGACGAAGCAGCCGGAAAGUUCAAUCGCUCUUUCGAACGUACGGCCAAUUUCAAGGAUAUGCUGAAAGAGAUCGGAUUCGUUGAUGUUGUUGAGACGCGCUAUAAGUGGCCUACCAACCAUUGGCCCAGGGACAAGAAGUAUAAGGAACUUGGCCAGUGGAAUAAUGUCAAUGCAGCUUCUGCUCUUGAGGCAUUGACUAUGGCACCUUUUACGAGAGGAUUGGGCUGGAGUCGUGAGGAGGUUGAGGUUUUCUUGGUCAAGUUGAGACAGGAUUGGAAUAACCCCAAGAUCCACGCUUAUUGGCCUAUUUGCGUUACUUAUGCUAAGAAGCCCGAAGCGUAGUGCUGCUUACAAGAUUAACGGCUUCAGUGGAAUGUAGACCGCAUGGAAUGACGGGCAUGUUACGCAUUACAACAACACCAGAGCUGACAAUAAAAUUAAUCACAAUAUUUUUAUAGUGCCCCCGAUAAAUUUUAAGGCGGCGCUCUUUUACACCUCUUUAUAGACUGAGUUUAUGGUGAAGUGACCACUGUUAUGAAAUGCCUUUUGAACGGGCAGGGUAUUCGUUCUCGGCCUUGUAGUUCCAG